GCCGUCCCUUUGAGUUUGGUCCAAUGGUUCAGAGAAAUAAGCAGCUACCUCCGUAAGGAGUCCCAGACUUUGACCUGAUACCCUGAAGGCGAUUCCUCUUCUCUCCUGAAUGUGCAGGUCCAAGGGUUCAGCUCCAUCUGGGAGGGCCAGGGCAGGCGCCCGAAGUAACUGCUUUUUCAGGUCUUGCAAAGCCUUUUGUGUUCUGAAUUCCACUCAAAAGGGUCAUCGUCCUUUCCUUUCAACUUUGCAUUUGGAGGCCUAGACAGUGGACCGUAGUUAGGGGUUGGAUGCGGCAAAACCCAGCUGUUCCCCAGGGAACCUCUAAGCUGUCUUCUAGUUCUGGGAGGGCCAGGCUGCAAAUGGCUUCUUUCCUUUCCUGGGGUAGCUUCUCUGAUCUCUGGUGAGAAUGAUGCCUGAGCGUCACCCUGCUCUGUGAUGCUUUAGUCUUUUCUUGGACAUCUUAUAUUCUUUAUCAGCUGGGUGGUUCAGGGUGGUUACAGACGUUUUCUCAGAGGCUCCCUUGGUGGGGCUGGUGAUCAGGGUUUCCUCCUCCAGAUGUUGAUGUUUUAAGUCUUUAGGUAAAGUUUCCCCACAGAUGGUGGGGGGAUUUUUCAGCCCUUGGUACACAACUGACCAGCAGUGUUGUUUUUCUUUCUUAUUUGGGUCCUGCCACUCAAAAGCAGAAAUUUCUUGUGUCUCCAGGACUGCUGGAAUACAGAGGAGGACGUCUUUUAUAUCUGAUACAGAAUCCCAGGUCCUGGUGGGUGGUGGAGAGGCCGGCAGGAGGUGGCUAACCCCCCUGUUGCGACGUGGCUACAAGCGGAGGUUAGAGGAAGAUGACAUGUACUCGGUGCUUCCAGAAGAUCGCUCCGCGCGCCUUGGAGAAGAGCUGCAAGGGUACUGGGAUCGGGAAGUUUCGAGUGCUGAGAAAGAUGCACGGGAGCCUUCUUUAAUGAAAGCCAUCAUCAAGUGUUACUGGAAAUCCUAUUGAGUUUUGGGCGUUUUUACAUUUCUUGAGGAAGGCACCAGAAUAGUUCAGCCUGUCCUUUUGGGGAAAAUUAUUAGUUAUUUGGAAUACUAUGAUCCCAGUGAUUCUGCCGCCUUCCACGAAGCCUUGGCCUACGCCGCAGGGCUGAGCGUCUGCGU